AUGGUUUCGUUAGAGAAUUUAGGCUGUAAAAGAUUAGAAGGAGUUCGAAUUAUACAACAAUUGGCCUGCUUUGCGUCUCACUCGUUGAAAUACUUGUUUCUAUGGCGCUUCUUCUUAUCUAAUGAGAAUCCUAUUCUUGUCAACUAUAGCUAUAUUACUGAUGAAGAGAAAUGUAAAUUGGCGAAACUAUUACAAGGAUUGAAGGUGCCUGAAAUUAAAUUGCCGGAACGAUGCAAUGAACUGAUUAAAGAAUUACAUAACAAAUACGACGAACCCAUAGGCAAUGAAGAUCUUCAAAAUGAAGUACAUGAAAACCCAUAUAUUCCCGAUAGGGCACCUCUAGAAGCAAACGAGAGAAAGCUAAAAGAACUUGUAACAGAAAGGAAAUGGGAAAAGAAGCUUAUAAAUACGGGCCUAAAAUUAAAUGCUGCAGACCCCAAACGACCCUGGCGCACAAACUCUAAUAGAGAAAAACUUUUUCGUAUUGAUAUAGAACUCCAACAACAUAAAGAUAGAGCUUCGUUAGCUAUUACACCGAUGGAAGAGGAGAAAAUGAACGAUUUGAUAGCCGAGUGUCGAGAGAAGGCCCGAGGAGCGCCGCCGGUCGGAGCCGAUCGCUUAAGGGAGACUGUUGAUGAAGCCAUGAGGAAUUUACCUAAUUUUCAAUAUAAAAGUAUUCCUAAUUCGACCGCAACUGCAAUAUUACCGGAGACUGACACAUUUGAUACACCCUCUCCAACUAGUGUAGAAAUUGAGUCCACAAAA